UUUGUGUCGGUACUUUCUUAUUUGAGCAAUACCUCCUAAUGUUCUCCAUUUUUGUCAACAGGAACUGGGAUAAAUUUGAGGACUCUUACAGGCUUAUGAUAUUUUCACAUGGCGAAAAAUGCUGGAAUGGGCCUGAUAGAAGUUUAAAGGUAAGACUUAGGUGUGGUUUGAAGAAUGAGCUAACUGAUGUAGACGAACCCAGCCGUUGCGAGUAUGCAGCAUUGUUGUCAACACCAGCUCUAUGCUUGGAGGAGAAGUUAAAGGAACUUCAACACAAGCUAGAUUUAUUGAACAUGGAAGAACUCCAGAGUCGUGAUGAACUUUAAACUGUUCUGAUUAAUUGGGAAUGCUAGAGUAUCUCAACCACAAUUGAUCCUACAUGCUUGCAUGGAUUGGUCAUGCCCUAAAUUGAGCUUACAAUAGAUGCCUGAAACAUCGUUGAGCUGGUUCUCUGAAUACUCAAACCUCCUGAAAUUUUAUGCGAUCUCGAGGUCACUUUUUUAUACAGUUGUAACCAACUUGAAGGUGAACUUUUUUUUUUGAUAGGUAACUUGUAUGAAGGGUGAACUUGAUAGGACCAGUUAUGACAAGUCAAGAUGAGGUGAUAUUGUCUUUACAAUAGUUCUUAUAUUGAUCAGUUCUCUUCUACCAAUCUUUUUGGUGUUUCA